CGUAAGCAUCCCCUCCUUCUUCUCGGUGGAUUGUACCUUUCCUCUCUUUCACUUCUUCUCUCUUCCGCCCUUUACAUUUCCCUCCUCUCACACACUUUCCUUCGCACUUCACUCUCUUUUCUCUUUGCUCUUCUUUCCUCUCUCCUUCGCGUUUCUUGCCCAUUAUGUCUGAUAGAGUUUUUCCUUCCUCAAAACCCGGCGCCAAUGCCGCCGCCACCAAUCCCACUGCCUCUGACACCGUCAAUCCAACUGCUCCUCCUAAAAAAACUCAUCUCACUCGCCCCCCUUACCGUCCGCAGCCUCACAACCGCCGUUACCGUACUCGUAGUGGCCGGAGUAUUUUCUGCUGCUGCUGCUUCUGGAGCUUCCUUAUCCUACUAUUGCUAAUCCUCCUUGCUGCAAUUGCCGGAGCUGCUCUUUACAUUAUGUACCGACCUCAUCGACCUUCUUUCUCCAUUCCUUCUCUCCGAGUCCACCGCUUGAAGCUCACUACCUCCGCCGACUCCUCCUCCUCCCACAUCUCAACCCUCCUCAACCUCACUAUCAUCUCGAAAAAUCCCAACUCCCAUCUCACCUUCUUCUAUGAUCCCUUCACUGUAUCUUCAUUCUCCAACGAUGUGUUUCUCGGGAAUGGGACGUUACCUGCCUACAGUUUGAGCAAGAAGAACGAGACUAGCUUUCGAGACGUAGUGAUUUCUGGGUCAAAUAAUCUGGACGCGGAUUCAGUUAACACAUUAAGCUCCGAUCUGAAGAAGAAGAGCAGUGGGGUGGCAUUGAAGAUUCAGUUGGACACUAAGGUGAAAGUGAAGAUAGGAGCAAUAAAGACAAAGAAGCUGGGGAUUAGGGUUACGUGUGAAGGGUUUAAAGGAGCUGUUCCUAAAGGCAAGUCUCCGACGGUUGCCGUAACUACUGAUUCUAAGUGCAAGGUUGAUCUGAGAAUCAAAAUUUGGAAGUGGACUUUCUGAUCUGUUAUUUACUAUUUUUUUAAUUUCUAUUUUUGUUUUUAUUUUUUUUAUUAUUUUUCAUCUUUUUGGGUUUUUGAACUCGUGAAAAGUGUUAUUUUUCAAUUAUGGAUUGUGAUACUGAGAUUGUCAGUAGAUUAAGUGGAGAGAUUUUUUUUUUUUUUUUUGAGAUAGAGAUUAUUGGCGCAACGUGUCUCUAUUUUUUGCAAUUGUUCGGAUAAUCAUAAUAUUUUUUUUUUUUCUACCCA